GUAAUUUGCCGUGGCCAGGAGCGCGUUCGAUUAUGUCUACAAGACGACAACCAUGCUUCAGCAAUCAGCAGUCAGCACACUCGACUUGAGUGGGAGAAGCAAUCUUGCAGUGUAGUGAGAGGAACACACAUUCGAGAAAUAGAGCGAAAAUGAGGAGGAGAUUCGGCGGCUAUGCUGCUUCAAUUCUUCUUCUACUUCUUCCGGUUUUAACAUUAUUAGGCACGGCGGCGGAAAGUGAAUUUUCGGCGGCGGCGGCGGCGGCGGCGGAAAUCAUAUCGAGAUUCCAGGCAUACCUCAGAAUCGACACCGCCCAACCCGAGCCAAGGUACGGAGAAGCGGCGGAUUUCAUAAUCUCUCAGGCGAAAUCCCUAUCCCUGGAAACUCAGAUUGUAGAAUUCGUGAAGGGGAAGCCUGUGGUUAUCCUCAAGUGGCCUGGCAAGGAUUCCUCCCUCCCCACUAUCCUCCUCAAUUCCCACACCGACGUCGUCCCUUCCGAGCCUCACAAGUGGUCGCACCCGCCUUUUGGCGCCCAAAUCGAUCGCGCCACCGGUAACAUCUACGCCAGGGGCUCCCAGGACAUGAAAUGCGUCGGCCUCCAGUACUUGGAAGCGAUUCGCAGCCUCAAGGCUUCUGGAUUCCAGCCUAUCCGCACCGUCUACCUCUCCUUCGUCCCCGAUGAGGAAAUCGGUGGCCACGACGGCGCUGAGAGCUUUGCACAUUCUGAUAUCUUUUCGAAGAUGAACGUCGGGAUUGUGCUCGACGAGGGGUUGGCUUCCCCCACGGAUAACUACCGCGCCUUCUACGGUGAGAGGUCCCCUUGGUGGUUAAUUAUCAAGGCAGUUGGGGCCCCUGGACACGGUGCCAAGCUCUAUGAUAAUUCUGCCAUGGAGAAUCUUUUUACGAGUAUUGAAAGUAUAAGGAGGUUCAGGGCUGCUCAGUUUGACUUAGUCAAGGCUGGCCUCAAGGCUGAAGGAGAAGUCAUUUCUGUUAAUAUGGUGUCUUUGAAAGCUGGCACCCCUUCCCCCACGGGCUUUGUCAUGAACUUGCAGCCGUCUGAAGCAGAAGCAGGCUUUGAUAUUCGAGUUCCACAAACGGAGGGCAUGACAUUUUCUGGUGAAAUACCAUACUUCAUGUAAAGUCAGAGAGUCAGAGACACCUACAAGUAAUUGAACCGUCCUAGACAGCACAAUGUUUCACGAAUGCCAUGAUCAAAUACUUCUUGACUGCCUUCCAUGCAUAGUCCUCUGUGGCAUAGAAUGAUCUCCAUUUCAAAACAUCUAAUCUUGUGAAACAUUGGAUUGGGGCUACUUAAAUUACCAUGGCAAUGAAAACGAGAAAUUGAGCAA